AUGCGUGUGCAGUGCAGUGGUCCUCUCCUCUUCUGAGCUUUCAUGGCGAAGAAAUCGCAGAAAAGCCUCAAGAACACUACCACCACCAACAACACUACCAAACGGACACGCAAAACUGUCCCAAGAGACUCACCUCCACAACGAAGCUCAAUCUACCGUGGUGUCACAAGGCAUCGAUGGACUGGUCGGUACGAGGCUCAUUUGUGGGAUAAGAAUUGUUGGAACGAAUCACAAAGCAAAAAAGGAAGACAAGUAUAUCUAGGAGCAUAUGAUGAUGAAGAAGCCGCAGCACGUGCCUAUGACUUGGCAGCAUUGAAGUACUGGGGCCAAGAUACCAUUCUCAAUUUUCCAUUAUCGAAUUAUGAGGAGAAGCUCAAGGAGAUGGAGGGCCAGUCAAAAGAAGAAUAUAUUGGAUCCUUAAGAAGAAAAAGCAGUGGGUUCUCUCGAGGAGUUUCAAAAUACAGAGGCGUAGCAAGACACCACCACAACGGAAGAUGGGAAGCUCGAAUUGGCAGGGUCUUUGGCAACAAAUAUCUAUAUCUUGGAACUUAUGCUACACAAGAAGAAGCUGCCACAGCAUAUGACAUGGCAGCCAUAGAAUACAGAGGACUUAACGCCGUUACUAACUUUGACCUUAGCCGUUAUAUCAAUUGGCUCCGUCCAAAAACCCAAGAAAACCAUGAAAAUCCAAGCAAUGAAGAUCUACACUCAAAUCCUGAACUUGAAUUAGGGUUUGUUUCCCAUAAACUUGAUUCAACCAGUGGUGAGAAUGAGAUAACCCAAGAGGGUGAAAUACGAUCUGGUGGUGGCGCAUCAACAACAUCUUCUGCACUUGGCCUUCUCUUACAAUCAUCCAAAUUCAAAGAAAUGAUAGAAAAAACUUCUUCAGCUUCAGAUUACCCUCCACCACCUCCAGAGUCAAACCCUCCUCGUCGAACGUUCCCCGAAGAUAUUCAAACAAUUUUCGAAAGUCAAGGUUCUGGUAUCUACACUGAAAAUGAUGACAUCAUAUUUGGUGACUUGAGUUCGUUUGCUGCACCAAUUUUUCAUUAUGAGCUUGAUGCUUAGAAGAAUAAGAAGAAAAGAAAAUGAAGAUAUAGCAUGUUUAUCAAUACGUGAUUUUUCAAAACAAAAAUUGGAGAAAA